AUGUUUAAAUUUUUUUACUUUUUUAGAGGAAUAUAUACCUCGACAUAUAAUGGAUCGAUCAAUGUUACGGAAUCUGUUGCAAGUAAUAUGAAUGAUUAUUUUGGUGAAAAAAAUAAAAAUCAAUGUAAUCAAAUUUCAUAUGAACACAAUAGCACAGAUCAAUUUUUGGAACAGGAAGACCUCGAGCUAGGAAAGAUAAUUGAAAAUGCGUUAGAUUUAGAAGAGGAAUUACAGCUCAAAAAUAGACUAAGCUAUUUUAUUGAUAAUCCCAUUUUUGAUACGAUAAAUUUUCAAUGUUUUCAAAAUAAUAACAACGUAACAGGUAAUGAAACUCUUGAAACCCCUGUUAUGAAAAAAUUUAAAUUAGAAGAUACUAAUAAAUGUAUAACUUCCGAAAAUGCAAGACAUUUAGAAGGAACUUUUCAAAGUAGUCCAAAUAUAUACUGUAGUAGCACAUCUAACACUUUUAUAUUUCAAAAACAAUAUGAUGAAGGCUUAAACUCUGAUAAGACGAUAAAUGAACAAAAUGACAUUAUAAAUUGUAAUAAGAUUGUAAGACUUAAAGAUAAAAAAGGCCCAUUUUAUAAGCUUUAUGAUGUUUAUGUUGAAAAGUUCAAUAGAUAUCUAAUGUCUAAAAAAAAAUUAAGUAACAAUCUUAUAUUUCAAAAUAAAACUGUACAAUAUAGUAAUCAACAAUUUGCACAUUUAGAUUUAUUUAUGGAUUUUUGUAAAGAGGUUCUGAAUCGACUAAAAUCUGCAUUUGACGAAGCCAAGAAUGAGCAAAUUUUGACUUCAAAAAAAGUAUUCCAUAUUGAAAAAAAAGACAAAAAAUCUAUGUCUGAGUUAUCAAAGAUUAGAAGGAGUUAUUAUGGGAGAAAAAACAAUUUUAACAAAACAAUAAACCGGCAAAUGAAAAAGAUAGAAGAAAAUUCUUUUUUUAAAAAAUCUUCAUGUAAGUCUGUAAAAGAAUUAAUAGUAGAAUGCAAUAUGUUUAUAAAAGAGGUUUUAAAAUAUUAUUUGUCCUUUGAAUUAACUGCUAAACUGCAAAAUAAAAGUCUUCAAUAUACUUAUAAUGAGUGUAAAGAUAUUUCGCAAAGAUAUACAAAUAUUUCACAAAAAGUAAAACUAGAAUGUAUUGUUGUGAUUAUAAAAAUGUGUAUUGAAAGAUUAGAAUACUCUCGGGAUUUUUUAGUUAAGAUAAAUUAUAAUUUAAAAAUGCUUUUUAAUUCUGUGACACGUUUAUCUACAGAUAUCAAUUGGUUAAUUUCCCCUCUUAAAAACAUUAUGGAUGUUAUUUAUAAGGAAUAG